CUUGGAUUGCGUUUUUGCCAACUGAAUUUCGUCAGUUUUUCAAAUUCUCACUCAUUCUCGCCGGUGCCAGUGCGUGAUGAUGAUAGUAAAGCGGAGUUCAAAUGUCGUACUGGCAGCAGGCCUGACGCUUCCAACUUGAGGACCUUUACACAUCGCGAAUUAAUCAUAUUGCGGCCAUCCAAUUCACCCUAUUUAUCAAUGAUCGGGCAACAGCCUCGGUCGUCAGCCAUUUACAGUUGGUGGCUGGCUUGCUGGAACGACUGAGUCCCCAUGCCCAAGUACCCUACCCCUCUCUCGUCCUGAACUUCUGAAACGACGAGAUCAAUGGCUGUCGCUGAAGAUGCGUUCAAAAUCCUUGGUAGAGUCGCUGAUGCUUUCGACAAUCCUUCCUCCCGCGAGUCACGCAAAGACUUCCGCGUAAACACCAUCAAGAGACAUAGGCCCCAGACAAGUCCCUCCAGUCAGGAAAGUCAGGUUCAGCACGCUCGCUAUGCCCGUCGCGAGCCCUCUUUAUUCGACGUCAGCUAUAUCUAUGAUGAUGACGAACUCGCCGAUGCAUCGACGAUUGGAAACCGUUCAUGCGUGUUGUCUGAGACAAUCAAGAGCCUCAACAGAAUCAUCCCGUAUGAUGAUGCGAUCUACACCUGCGAGGAUACGAUCGCCUUGGAUGAAUCACCAUGCGGCGAAAUGACCAAGAUGCUUUUGUCCAGCGGCAGUCCGCUUGACAGACUCGACAACCUUGCUCGUGCCGAACUCAAGAAGACCGGCUGCAAUCAGUGGUCCGUCGUCAACAUGGACCUUUCAACUCCAAUGACGCAUACACGUGGACCCAUGGCUCCCCCUAAACCCCCUCCAUCCAUCCUCUCCCCAAUUCUCCCCUCCACACCCGCCAUCACCACCGUCCCACCUCCAUCCUUCACACCAUCCCCACAAUCACCCAUGAAGACGGAUUCCUCCUUCAAAGCCAGUACCUCAAACGGCAAAUACAGCUCGAGCUCGCAUGAUAGUUUUCCAGACUUCAGCACGCUGUCAUACGCUCCACGCGCGGAACUCGAGCCACCGGAACGUGUUGGAGUCAGCAGCCACGUCAAGCAACUCAUGAAGCGCGUCUUGCACGUUAACGUCGGCGUGCAUCCAAGCAGGAGAUCAAGACAAUCUUUGCUUGUGGGUGUGGACUUGCAGCCUGCUUCUAUGGCUGGAGGGUCUUCGGGUACGUGGGCGUUUGCUAGUAUUGGAUCUACUCAGGCGGGGAACCGAUGGAGUGGGCUUUGGCAUUGACAGAUUUAUUCUUUUUUGUAUCCGAAAUCCUGCUCCAAGCGGUUCUGCAUAAACUGGCCUCCACAAUGGUGCUUGUGCUAUCUAAUUAGGU